AUGUCAGAGAGCGCCAAGUCCGGCCUGCAGGCGUUCGCUCUAGCCCUUAAUAAGCGCCUCGCAGACGACGCUGCCAGAAGCAACCGUAACCUCAUCUUCUCGCCGGUGUCCGUCUACGCGGCGCUAUCACUGGUGACCGCCGGCGCCCGCGAGCGCACCCUCUCGGAGCUGCUCGGCGUCCUCGGCGCGGUGUCGCGGGACGACCUCGCCGGGUCUGUCCGUGUGCUGUCGGAGCAGGCCUUGGCCGACCAGUCACAGACGGGCGGGCCGCGCGUCAGCUUCGCGUGCGCCUUGUGGCACGACAAGACGAGGCCUCUCAAGCCGGCUUACAUCGACGCCGCCGUCAAGUCGUACAAGGCGCGGACGUGCUCCGUAGACUUCCACAAGAAGCCAGGGGAAGCAGCGAAGCGAAUCAACGCAUGGGUGAGGGCAUCCACCAACAACCUUAUCACUGAAAUCAUUGAUCCGAGUCAACUGUGCCCGCGGACCGACCUCGUGCUAGCCAACGCCAUCUACUUCAAGGGCAAGUGGCGCCAGCCUUUCAACGAGGAGUAUACCGAGGAGGACGAGUUCCACCGCCUCGACGGCAGUACUGUCGAGGUGUCCUUCAUGCAAGAUGAUUCGCGAAGGCAGCGCAUCGCCUGCCACCGCGGAUCCGCCCAUGGCGGGUUCAAGGUGCUCCAGCUCGACUACGAGGAAGGCAGGAAGCCGCAGGCGCUCUACUCGAUGUGCGUCUUCCUCCCCAACACACGCAAGGGGCUGCCGCGGCUGACCGACAGGAUCGCGGCCGACCCUGACUUUGUAAGGAAGCACCUGCCCACGGGGACCGUCGAGGUCGGCGAGUUCCGUCUACCCAGGUUCAAGCUCAAUUUCUCCACCGGCAUGAACUGCGUUCUCCAGGAUCUGGGAAUCAAGGAGGCCUUUGAGGAGGGGAAGGCUAACUUCUAUGACAUGGUGGCGGAUGAUGGCCCCGUCAGGAGGCUCAACCUCCAGGAAGUACUCCACAAGGCUGUCAUCGAGGUGAACGAGGAAGGCACUGAGGCGGCCGCUGUUACCGCUUGCCGGAUGAAGGUUACUUGUCAGGUCGACAAACUGCCCAAGCUUGUGGACUUCGUCGCUGAUCAUCCAUUUGCAUUCUUUGUGAUCGAGGAGGUGUCUGGUGCAAUCUUGUUUGCAGGGCACGUGCUUGACCCUUCAAGCGAGUGA